CUGCGCGCAAGGCACUCUGCCGUGCAGCAGAGGAUCCCAAUCCCAGCCCAUAGGAAGGUAGGAUGACAAUUGGCAAGUGCCCCAAUCCCUCCAGAUUAAGGAAAUAGCGGCAACACUAAUCCCCACCGUCCAUUCUGCUGGUCCGAACCGUUUAGGCUAAAUCAGCGAUUCCCAUUGGUAUAAUAUAAACCCAAUCUCUUCGCUUCUCAAUUACGCAUUUAAUCACACACCAUUCGCAACCCGCAAAACCUACGGAUACAGAUAUAGAAGAAACAAACAUGGCGGCAACAGUGAGCCCUUGGGCAAAGCCUGGCGAUUGGGCUUUAGAUUCCGAGGAGAACGAUGCAGAGCUUCUUCGUCAGGCAAAGCAGGAUUUGAUCAACAAAGCAGGAAACGAUUCGGCUCUCUCGGACUUCCCUUCCCUGUCAACUGCUGCCGCCACCAAGACCAAGAAGAAGAAGCCCCAGACCCUUUCCUUGCAGGAGUUUUCCGCUUACGGAUCCGGCAAACAAACCCAAUCCGUCGGCCUUACCCACGAGGAGAUCAAGGCUCUUCCCACCGGUCCUCGCGAGCGGACUGCCGAGGAACUCGACCGGUCCAGGCUCGGCGGCGGUUUCAGAUCGUACGGAUCUUCAUACGACAGGCCUGCUCGCGACGAGCCGCGUAGGCAGAGGGAAUCCGAUCGGGAUUUCGGUCCUUCUCGCGCUGACGAGACUGAUGACUGGGGAGCAGGCAAGAAAUUCACAGCAGGUAACGGUUUCGAGAGAAGGGACAGAGGAGAAAAGGUGGGAUUUUUCUCCGAUUCGCAGUCUAGGGCUGAUGGCUCUGAUAAUUGGGGCGCCAACAAAAGUUUCCUUCCCUCGGAGGGCAGAAGGUUCGACAGGAGAGGCAGUUUCGAAUCUAACGGCGGAGGAAGCGACCACUCAGACAAUUGGGCAAAGAAGAAAGAAGAGGAGGGGUGGAGAUUCAAAUCUGAAGGCGGCGCUUUUGAUAGUUUAAGAGAUAGAAGGCGUGGUGCUAAUGAUAACGAUUCGGAUCACUGGGGAAAGAAAGUGGAGGAAGGGAGCGGAGGGAGUGUGAGGCCUAGGUUGAAUUUGCAGCCGAGGACACUGCCCGUAGCCGAGGGGCAGCAGAAUGGAAAUGCUACUUCAGCAAAACCCAAGGGCGGGUCUAAUCCUUUUGGGGAAGCUAGGCCCAGGGAAGAGGUGUUAAAGGAGAAGGGACAGGACUGGAAGGAGAUUGACCAAAAGCUGGAGUCUUUAAAGGUCAAUGAGGUUGCUGAUUCUUCUUUAUCCAGGAAGAAGAGCUUUGGGAGCAGCAGCGGACGUUCCUACUCUCCUGAGGGAAGAAUUGAGAAGAGUUGGAGGAGGCCUGAGGUAGUAGAUGAUGCUCGACCUUCCAGUGGCAAUGGAAAUGUGGACAAAUCUGUGGAAGAAGCUGGAGAUGCAGAACAUGAAUGCAGUGAACCUUUCAUAGAGCAGGAGAAUGAGCAACACUAAAAGUUGAGCCUGUCUAUGAUGGAUGUAUUUGGCUACUCUGCAUGGUUUCUGUUUUUCUCUACUUAAUAUACAUACACAUCAUAUUUGCCUUUUAUUUCCUUGUGAUUGGAAGAAUUUGAGUCAAUUUUGGUAGACCUGCGAGUAGAAUCAUUAUUUCAUGGCUAUAUUGCUUGUUUCUGGUUGGUAUGAGGUCGAUUGAUACAUUUAUAUCAUGGAUUCAUAGACUGUUAAGCUCUGUGCUAAGCUUUUUUUUUUUUCCAAAAA